AUGGCAGCGACUCUACCACCACAACAGCCACAGUCGGAAUCAUCCACUUCGGCAGGUACUUCCUCAGCGGCAUCGGCAGAGGUGUUCAAGAGGUUACAUCCGGCUCAAUACCUUUCAAGGUUCUUGGCUAAAGGGUAUCGAUCGGAUGGAAGGAAGAUAAGAGAUUGGAGGAAUGUAUCGAUAAAUGUUGGCUCAAUAUCAACGUCCAAUGGAUCGUCGUUGGUCAGAAUGGGAGAUACGACUAUGGUCUGUGGGAUCAAGGCAGAGAUAGCUGAACCCGCGGCUCAGAGUCCGAAUGAAGGGUAUGUAGUCCCUAAUGUCGAUUUACCAGCAUUAUGUUCACCCAACUUCAAACCUGGUCCGCCUGGAGAUGAAGCUCAGACGAUAUCGAAUUGGUUAAACGAUCUGAUGGUAUCAUCAAACACCAUCCCCACAUCUUCACUGGUGGUAUCACCCGGUAAAGCCGUAUGGGCGUUAUAUAUCGAUGUUGUAUGUAUCAACUACGAUGGGAAUGCGUUCGAUGCUGCUGUACUGGCAGUGAUGGCUGCGUUGAGGAAUGUCAAAUUACCAAAAGCUAGAUACAAUGAAGAGAAGAACCAGACGAUAUGUUCAAGGACUGAGAAAUACCCUUUACAUUUGGGUAGGAUACCGCUAUCUUGCUCGUUUGGUAUAUUCGAUAGUACCUACCUUCUUCCCGAUCCCACAUCGUAUGAGACCCCAUUAUUGCCCACUACAUUGACGAUAGCACUGGACGAGCACAACCAGGCGUGUCUGAUAAGGCAGGAAGGAUUGGGUGGUACCAAGGGUAAAAGCGGUGAGAGGGUGUUGGGUGAAGGUUGGAGUAUGACUGAGGAGAGGGUGAGGUUGCUGAGGGGGAUAUUGGAGGUUAGCAGUAUAUAG